AUGAAACGUAAAGCCAAAGGCUCGGUCAAAGUCCAGGAAUCUAGUGACUCUGAUGACGAGGAAUACUAUGAAGAUGAGGAAGAAGAAGAGGAAUCUGAAGAGGGAGAGCCUGCUGCCAAAGCCAAGAAGAAUAUCAAGAAGAAUGCACCUCCAUCAUCUGACCAAGAUGAGGAUGAGGGUGACUCAGAAGAUGAUGAAGAGGAUAGUGAAAAGAGAAAGCUCACUCAUGAGAAAAAUAAAGGUGAUAGAGCUAGUGGGCUCUCUUCAAAGAAGAAUGCUUAUUUUACUAGCAAAAACUUCACCACUAACUCUGCUGAUCCUUAUUAUGGAGGGAGGAAGAAACUUUCGAAGAAGGAAAAGAUUGUUAAAGCUUUUAAAAGCAGAUGGUUCAGUUGUUACAUGCUUGUGGUCACUGGCUGGACUAUGAUCGGGGAUGACUUUAGAAACCUUGGCCCUAAAAGUAUUGAUCCACUAUUCUACACUCUUGCUAUUUUAUGUAUUUUAGUCUUUUGCCUUGACAUUGGUAUGAGUAUAAAAUUUACAAAUGACUAUUUCCCUAGUUUUUAUCUAGUUGUAGAUAUCGCAUGCACUUUUAGUCUAUUUUUCUUCGAUAUUGGAUGGUUAUGGUAUGCUAUGCUGGGAAAUUCAGAAGGAGAUUACAGUAAUGCAGAAACUGCAUAUGCAGCUGCCUUAAAAGGAGAUAGCCUGAGAGAAGGUACUAGAAUAUCGAGAGUCACUAGAAUCAUCCGCCUGAUAAGGUUGAUAAGAAUAUUUAAGAUGUACAGACAUGCUCACGGCUUUCUCACUUUUGUUCAAGACUCUAUGUAUGAUAAUCACCAAGAAAGACUACGGAAAAGAAUGAAGGGAGAGCAAGAGGAAAGUCAGGUUGGUAAGAAGUUAUCAGACUUGACAACCAGGAGAGUGUUAGUCCUUGUCAUUGUAAUGCUUCUCUGUGUGCCUUUGUUCACAAUAAAUACAUAUAAGGAAGAGAAUGUUUAUUUUGAAUAUGGUCUAGAUCUUGUAGAAAAAUACUCUGACCAAAACUCUCCGACGUAUAUUUCGUUCUUCACGAAUUAUGUCAAAGAGCAUCAGGAUAUUCCUAUGCCUGUCACCAAUGUGUACAUAAAUGGGAGCAUGACAAUUCCUAAAGAUUAUAAAAUAUUCAAUGAUCCCUCUACAAAGCUGGACGAUUUCAGAGGAUAUGAGCUAGAACUUGUCAAAACUGAAAAGGGAGGAGCUGUAGCUGUUUUUGAUUUUACGUAUACUGUCCGUCUAACAGCAGGAUUAGGAAUUGCUAGAACAAUUUUUGUUUGCUGUGUUCUAGGUCUUGGAGCUAUCUUCUUUUCAAGAGAUGCCACUUUCCUGGUGAUCAGGCCUAUUGAAGGAAUGAUUUCUAAAGUAAACCGAAUUGCCAAGAAUCCUUUGGAAGCAGCUCAGGAAGAAGAGAACGAGGCCCUUGCAUAUGAGAGAGCAAUGAUGAAAAUGAAGAAGAAUCAUAAGAAGCUAAGGAAACGACCGAAGAAUAUGGAAUAUGAGACAGUCAAAAUUGAACAAACCAUUAUAAAGAUUGGUGCAUUAUUAGCCAUUGGAUUUGGAGAGGCAGGAGCUAAGAUUAUUGCUGAUAGCAUGGCUAAGGAAGGAGGUGGCUCCAAUAACAAAGUUGUAGCUAUCUUUGGAUUCUGUGAUAUCAGAAACUUUACUGAUGCCACUGAGGUCUUGCAGGAAGAAGUCAUGCUUUUUGUAAAUGAAGUUGCUGAUAUUGUUCAUAGUGUUGUUGAUUGGUAUUCUGGAGCUGCCAAUAAGAAUAUUGGAGACGCCUUCUUACUAGUAUGGAAAUUCAAUGCUGAGGAUGUUGAGGAGAAUGACAAAGGAGAGUUAGUCACCAAGAAAAAUGGGCGAAAUGCUCAAUAUGCUGAUAUGAGUGUGGUAUCUUUCUUGAAAAUUAUUGCUGAGAUCCGCAAAAGUCACAAACUAGAAAAAUAUAGCCACAAUGAGAAAAUUUUAGCGAAGCUGCCCAACUUCCAAGUAAAAUUGGGAUAUGGGCUUCAUGUUGGAUGGGCAAUUGAGGGAGCUAUUGGUUCUGAUUUCAAAAUUGAUGCUAGUUAUUUAAGUCCAAAUGUCAAUACUGCUAGUAGACUAGAAGCUGCUACAAAGCAAUUCGGUGUUCCUCUGCUGAUUUCUGGAAAUCUUAGGAAGAUAUGCACACCAAGAACCCAAACAAAAAUGAGAGUUAUCGAUAUUGUCACUGUCAAAGGUUCAAACGAGCCUAUCGAAAUGGUAACCUGCGACGUCCGGGAAUCUCUUAUUGAAGUAGAAUUUCCAAAAAGACAGAAAAAUAAGAGUCAAGAUAAAAAGAUGAAGAAAGUUAGAGGAAGGAUCGAAAGAAACAGGUACAAACAAGCUGCAAUGAGUAAUCAGAUCCAAGUGAGUGAGAAGUUUGAACUUGAUGAAGACAUCAAAAAGCUGAGGUCCCCAUAUUCUAAAGAGUUCUUUGAGACAUUCAAAAAGGGAUUUGACCUUUAUAUUGAAGGUGACUGGAUGAAAUCACAAGAGUGCUUAAAUUCAAUUGAAGGUAAAUUGAUUGAUAAUGAUGCACCAACGUUGUUGAUUCUGAAUUACAUGAAAAGCCACGAUUUCAAAGCUCCACCAGACUGGAAUGGAUACAGAGUCUUGACAGAGAAAUAA